AUCAAUUAGGCGCAAUGUGGUAAAAAGGGCACAGUUUUGACAAGAAAGAAGCACAAAUGCCCAUAUCCGCAAACCAUCCAAUCCUCCUUAUCCGUAUAAAAACCCAUAUCCACGAACACUGCCUCCCUCGCUUUGCAAUUCACUCUCCCAUUCCUUACUUGAAGAAGAUCAGCCCAAGAAAAGGGCGGUGAAGAUUCGUUUAGCAAGACUGUGAUGCAAAAACAGGGCAUUUUACAGAAUUGUUGCUGCUGAUAGCAAUACUCCAAGAGAUGGCAAACACCAUCAAGUUGUUGGUUUCUAUGACCCCUUUGCAGGUAACUUUGUCAGCUUUCACUGGAUCAUCCAGAUUUCAGGUUGACCGGGCCAAUUGCUGGUCUGGUUUUUGACAGAUACUGAUCCGGCCAAGGCUCCACAUCACCAAAUAAAUCAAAGAAAAAAGAAAAAAAAUAACAAAGCAUUUGAUUGUUGCUUGUCUAUUAUUGGGAAUUUCCAGGAAGUCAACGAUGUGCACCCUCUGUACAUGAGAAAAUAUUUGGAUUUGAAACCCCCAUUAUUACAAUUAUACAUGUGCCUAAGCUACUGAUUCAAAAUCAGCAUCUUUUUUCCUUGAGUUACUUCCGUUCUCUCCCUACAGACUUACCCUGCCACCAGAGUCUCACUCUUGUUUCUUUGACUGUUUCUUCACAAAACAAUGGCGAUGUUUUUCUUGUUUCUCUCUAUCUUUUUGUUUGUUUAUAUCUGGAGAUUCAUCAUACGAAGCCGUCAUGUUUCUCCAUCCCCAUCUACUCCUUCCACUUUAACCACCGCCCAGCCACAAGUAAUUAAAUAUGAUGUCUUCCUUAGUUUCAGAGGAGUAGACACUCGUUCUGAUUUUACCAGUCACCUCUAUGCUGCUUUAAACCGGAAACAAAUCCUAACUUUCAUAGAUUAUCAGCUUGUGAGAGGAGAUGAGAUUUCGGCAUCACUUCUGAGAACAAUUGAAGAGGCCAAGCUUUCUGUGAUUGUUUUUUCUGAAAACUAUGCAUCUUCCAAAUGGUGCUUGGAGGAGCUUGCAAAGAUUUUUGAACGUAGAAAAAAUAAUGGACAGAUAGUUAUUCCAGUAUUCUACCAGGUGGAUCCAUCCCAUGUAAGAAAUCAAACAGGGAGGUUUGGGGAUGCAUUUGCUAGACUUAUAAAGAAGAAAGCUUUGACGAUGGACAAAGAGCAGAGCUUCAGAGACGCUUUGACGGAUGCAGCCAAUCUAUCUGGAUGGAGCUUAGGGAAGUCUGAGCUGGAGUCUGAAUUUAUUGAGAAGAUCGUUGGAGAUGUUUUGAACAAAUUGCAUGCCAUGUCUUCAAGUCACACUACGGGUUUAUUUGGAAUUGAUGCUCGCAUUCACAAAGUUGAGUCUUUGUUAAAUAUGGAAUCUCAAGAUGUUCUCAUUGUAGGGAUAUGGGGAAUGGGUGGUAUAGGUAAGACAACGAUUGCUGAAGCUGUGUGCAACAAGGUUCGUUCUCGAUUUGAAGGAAUCUUUGUUGCAAACUUUAGGCAAGAAUUAAAAGCACGUCCCAUGGCUGAUUUGCAAAGAAGCUUUCUUUCACAGCUGCUUGGCCAAGAAAUUCUGAAAAUGGGCUCCUUGAGUUUUCGAGAUUCUUUUGUGAGGGAUAGACUUCGUCGUAAAAUGGUUUUUAUUGUUCUUGAUGAUGUGGAUGAUUUAAUGGCUUUGGAAGAAUGGAAAGAAUUGCUUCAUGGACGACACAGUUCAUUUGGUCGAGGCAGUAAAGUUCUCAUAACAAGUAGGGACAGGCAAGUGCUUAGUAAUAUAGUAGAUGAAACAUACAAGGUUGAGCGGUUGAACUAUGAAGAAGCUCUUCAACUCUUUAGCUCAAAAGCCUUGAAGAAUUGCAUCCCCACAAUUGAUCAUAGAGACUUGAUAAAAAGGAUUGCGAGUCAUGUACAAGGCAAUCCGUUGGCUCUUAUAGUUUUGGGUUCCUCUCUCUAUGGUAAAAGCCCAGAAGAAUGGUACAGUGCAUUGAAUAAACUAGCUCAGAACCCUCGAAUCGAAAAUGCAUUGAGAAUUAGUUACAAUGGGUUGGAUCAAGAACAACAAUCAAUAUUUCUUGAUAUAGCACAUUUCUUCAGAAAAUUUGAGCAAAACCAAGCUACAAGAAUAUUAGAUGGCUUUUAUGGCCGGCCUGUGAUUUUUGAUAUAAGCAUGCUCAUUAAUAAGGGUCUCAUAACUACUUCUCGUAACAUGCUAGAAAUACAUGAUUUACUACAAGAAAUGGCAUUUAACAUUGUUCGUGCAGAAUCUAAGUUUCCUGGCAAACGCAGCAGGUUGUGUCAUCUUACUGACAUCGUUCAUGUAUUGGAGGAAAAUAAGGGAGCUGAAGAAAUUGAAGGCAUAUCUUUGGACAUGUCCAGGUUAUCGAGACAGAUACAAUUGAAAUCUGAUGCCUUCGCAAUGAUGGAUGGUCUUAGAUUUAUCAAAUUCUUUUUUGGUCAUUUGUCCCAAGAUAACAAAGAUAAAAUGCAACUUCCUCCUACUGGCCUUGAAUAUCUUUCUAAUAAGCUGAGAUAUUUGCACUGGGAUGGAUUCCCUUCAAAAUCCUUGCCGCAUGUUUUUUGUGCUGAACAUCUUGUCGAGCUUAACUUAAGCAGGAGCAAGGUUGAAAAACUUUGGACCGGAGUACAGGAUGUUGGAAAUUUACGAAAAUUUGUACUAUCUUACUCUCCAUAUUUGAUGGAAUUGCCAGAUCUAUCAAAGGCCAGAAAUUUGGUGUCCUUACACCUUGUAGACUGUCCAAGUUUAACCGAGGUUCCGUUAUCUCUUCAAUAUCUUGACAAGCUGGAAGAACUUGAUCUCAAUUUUUGCUAUAAUCUUAGAAGUUUUCCAAUGCUUGAUUCAAAGGUUCUCAAAGUACUUUCCAUAAGUCGGUGCCUAGAUGUGACCAAGUGUCCAACGAUUUCACAAAAUAUGAAAAGCUUAUAUUUAGAGGAAACUUCAAUCAAAGAAGUUCCACAAUCAAUUACUAGCAAGUUGGAAAAUCUUGGUCUGCAUGGUUGCUCAAAGAUCACCAAGUUUCCAGAGAUUUCAGGGGAUGUAAAAACAUUGUAUCUAAGUGGAACUGCUAUUAAAGAGGUGCCCUCAUCAAUCCAGUUUCUCACAAGACUCCGCGUAUUGGAUAUGAGUGGUUGCUCAAAACUUGAGAGCUUCCCAGAAAUCACAGUGCCUAUGAAAUCAUUGGUGGAUCUUAACUUGAGUAAAACAGGCAUUAAAGAGGUGCCCUCGUCAAUCCAGUUUCUCACAAGACUCGAAAAGUUGGAUAUGAGGGGUUGCUCAGAACUUGAGAGCUUCCCAGAAAUCACAGUGCCUAUGGAAUCUUUGGAGAUGCUUUUUUUGAGUAGAUCAGGCAUUAAAGAGAUACCUUCGAUAUCAUUUAAGCAUAUGAUAUCUUUGAGGGUUCUACAUUUAGAUGGAACGCCACUUAAAGAGGUGCCCUCGUCAAUCCAGUUUCUCACAAGACUCGAAAAGUUGGAUAUGAGGGGUUGCUCAGAACUUGAGAGCUUCCCAGAAAUCACAGUGCCUAUGGAAUCUUUGCAGAGUCUUAGGUUGAGUAAAACAGGCAUUAAAGAGAUACCUUCGAUAUCAUUUAAGCAUAUGAUAUCUUUGAGGGUUCUAUAUUUAGAUGGAACGCCACUUAAAGAGCUACCCUCAUCAAUCCAGUUUCUCACAAGACUCGGAGAGUUGGAUAUGAGUGGUUGUUCAGAACUUGAGAGCUUCCCAGAAAUCACAGUGCCUAUGAAAUCUUUGAAGAGUCUUAGGUUGAGUAAAACAGGCAUGAAAGAGAUACCUUCGAUCCAGUUUCUCACAGUACUCGAAAAGUUGGAUAUGAGUGGUUGCUCAGAACUUGAGAGCUUCCCAGAAAUCACAGUGCCUAUAAAAUCUUUGCAUAGUCUUAGGUUGAGUGAAACAGGCAUUAAAGAGAUACCUUCGAUAUCAUUUAAGCAUAUGAUAUCUUUGAGGUCUCUGCAUUUAGAUGGAACGCCUAUUAAAGCGUUACUUGAGCUCCCCACUUCGCUUUGUUAUCUAAAUACACGUGACUGUGCAUCACUAGAAACCGUGACACCAAUCAGCAAUAACAACGACUAUGGCAAUGCAUGGGAUUUUACAAAUUGCUUCAAAUUGGAUCAGAAACCGCUGGCAGCAGCAAUGCAUUUGAAAAUUCAGUCCGGAGAGGAGAUCCCACAUGGCAUAAUUCAAAUGGUUCUACCGGGGAGUGAAAUUCCAGAAUGGUUCGGUGACAAAGGAAUUGGAUCUUCAGUUACCAUACAGUUGCCCUCAAAUUGUCAUCAGCUCAAGGGAAUUGCUUUCUGCCUUGUCUUUCUAUUCCCUCUUUCCUCCUGUGAUUUCGAUGAUCGUUCUUAUGUUCGCGUAUAUGUUCAUGUUAAGAGUAAAAACGGUGAGCAUGAUGGUGAUGAUGAAGUCGUCUUCGCUUCCAAGAAAGGCCAUGCUCUGUCAUCUGACUUGAAGACAUGGGACUCAGAUCACAUGGUUCUACUGUACGAUCUCCUUUUGGUAAAUGAUUUGCGUAAAAAUUCUGGCAAUGAAGUUACAUUUAAAUUCUACCACGAAGAAGUGAACUACAAAGAGCUGGAGAGAGGUCAUACGAUCCAAAGGUGGAUCCAAAGGCCUAAUGUCGAGUCGAAAAGUUGUGGGGUGUAUCUGCACUUUGAUGAAAAUCCACCGGCGGACAAAGGUUACAAAAGAAAAUUUUGGUAGAUAUAAAAGAAAUAGAAAGGGAGAGAGAGUUCUGUAAUUACUGCAAAUUGAUCUUCAAUUAUUGCUUGGUUUUCAAGAUAGCUGUAAAUAAAUAUUGUUAUUCCCUUGCAACUGACUAACGAACUAACUCUCUGUUAUUCAACUAAUUCCUCAACUAACUGUAACAACCAUCCAUCUAACUAAUGAAUCAUGUGCGCAUUUAUUCUUGCACAUGCAGAAUACUAUA